AUGCCGGACGUGAUUACGGGGCUCCCCGCGCCCCGGCUCCUGCACCACGUGCCGCCGGGAUUUGCUGCCGGGAUUGGCGAGCUUCUUCGCGACGCGAUGCGCGCCCACGCUGACGCCGAGUUCGCGGCCAGCCCCCACCCGUCGUGCGAGGCCCUGGAGAAGACGAGCCUAUACGCCGAGCUGCUGGCCCUGCAGUCCUCCAGCAAUGAACGCAUGAUGGGCCAGUACAUCCAGUCUGUCCUAAUGGACCAGGGCGGCGACGAGUGGAUCUUCAUCAGGGACGCUUCGAAGGUGAAGGAUGGGGGCCUGGACGCGGCCAAAAGCAUCUUGUUGGGGCAAGUCUCAGCCCGCCUGGACGAGACUACUUCGGAGCAGAUGCA